AUGGUCCACUCUUCUGUCGUCGAUCCCGAGCCUGAACCAGAUAUAGAGGGUCAUAAUCCACAGCCCACCACUACCCAGCCCGACUCCACCGCAGCAGCCCCCAACCUGGAUACCAACGAUGUUCAGCAACAAGAACCUGACAAUGUCUCUGCGCCUACCAAGCAGCCCUAUGGGUUGCGCACUAUCUUGAAGCCACGCUCCCGACCUGGUCACCAGCGUAAGCCAUCAAUCAUCAUCAAUGAGCCCGAGCCUAUCGAGCCCCGGGACGCCACGGGUCCCAUGCGAUCAAACAGUGCGCCCACCAUUGCAGGCCUUCGCCCCCAGGAUGCUCCCGGGCCAGGCUUGACUCGCAACAGGCUUGCUCCUUUGAGAAACAUUUCAAUUCCACUCCCGCCCAAGAUGGGCCCGCCUCAGGGGGAGCAGGAAAAGGUCAAGCGAAAGUUUAUCGAGCCAACCUGGAAAGAGUGCUUUGUUAACACUAUCAAGUAUCAGCCCCUUCUUGUCGCGGUCCCGAUCAUUCUCCCCAUCAGUUGGGCUCUUCACUUUUCCCAUCAAAAUCCAAUCGCCAUCUUUGUGACUAGUUUGCUCACCAUUGUGCCCCUUGCUGGUGGUUUGAGUUUCGCUACGGAGGAGCUCGCCCACCGAGUGGGUGAAGCGUGGGGUGGUCUUUUGAAUGCCUCCUUUGGUAAUGCUGUCGAGCUCAUCAUUGCCAUAUUGGCUCUCGUCAAGGGACAGAUCGAUAUCGUACAAGCCAGUAUGAUCGGCUCCAUUCUCAGUAAUGUCCUGCUGGUCCUCGGUAUGAGUUACUUUGUCGGUGGUAUGCGCUUCCAUGAGCAGAUGUACGCCAUCAUUGGGGCUCAGAUGCACAUCUCGCUUUUGGGUAUCUCUCUCAUGGCAAUCGUCCUUCCCGCCGCAUACCACUAUGCCUACCCCUCCACCUCCAGUGUCGUCUCUGAUGCCCGUUCCGGUACUCAGCCUGAAGGUGAAGAACUGGAAAACUUGCUCACGAUGUCGCGAGGUUUAAGUUUCAUCUUGUUGGCAGUGUAUGCCAUGUUCUUGGUCUUUCAACUCUACACUCACGCGUACCUCUUUCGUGUUCCUGUUGAAAAGGUCCAGCACCCACUCCCCGGACCUGUCCCCCACCACGAGCGCGUCUUUCCCCGUCCCCACUGGGUCGACUCUAUCGUCGACUCUUCCUCCUCCAGUUCGUCCUCCUCUUCCGGCUCGUCUAUCCGCUCCGGAAGAUCUCACCGCCGAUUCAAAAAGUUCCGUCGCUUCUCUGUCGGCAAGAAGGAAAACAGGGAGACGUCCGGAGGAGAAGGUGACGGGCACGAGGCUGACUCUGAGCAUGACGCUAGUGCUAACGCUACGGCCAUCGGGGAGAUGCAAGAAAAGGCCACCGUGUCUCCUGUCAGCCCGAUCACCCCAGUCCGCACACCUUCCAACCAUUCAGGCUCGCUCCACCCUCCUCCCAACCCCAACAUCGAUAUCGAACGACAGUCCAUGUCUUCCAACAGUUCCAUCUUUGUCGAUGACGACGGCACGGUACAUGUCCAGCCCAAGAUUAAAUUCUGGUACGCCAUGGGUAUGCUGUUGUUUAUGACGGCGUUGGCGGGUGUAACUGCCGAGUGGUUGGUGGACUCUAUCGACGGUCUGACGGAGACUGGAAACGUCUCGCGUGAAUUUGUCGGUCUGAUCCUCUUGCCAGUCAUCGGUAACUCAGUCGAACAUUUCGCGGCGGUCAUUGUCAGCUGGAGAGACAAGCUCAAUCUCGCCCUGAGUAUUGCCGUUGGCAGUAGUAUCCAGGUGUCGCUUUGUUUGCUUCCUAUCCUUGUACUACUGGGUUGGGCUAUAGACCAGCCAAUGCUCCUCUUCUUUGAUCCGUUCGAGACCAUCACUCUCGUCAUCAGUAUCAUCUUGGUCAACUUUGCCAUCUCUGAUGGUCGUACCAACUAUCUCGAAGGGUUCGUCAUGAUGAUGGCCUAUAUAUCUAUCGCUCUCGUCUGCUGGUAG